AUGGGCAGGGCUGCAGAUACAAUAGGAGAGGAGGCUACCGCCUUCUGGGAACAAUUGUCGGCCAGCCCCACCAACUUGAGCUACCUUGACUCUGUUCCCAAGAGCCAGAAGGUUCAGAUUGCGGCCCAGGUGGAAGCGACGUUGCGUGCCGGUGACCCCAAUGCGGCCUUCAAGAUUUUCCUCUCUUUGACCGGAAAGACCCAAGCGAUUCUUCUCGGUGGCGGGGACCGCUGCCCAAAGCUACCAGCAUCCACUGUACCCGUGAUUGAAUCCCUCCCUGUCUUCAAGAUCACGAAAGACGUCUGGUGCCAGUCUCUGUCCCCCACGACACCUGGAUACAUCGCACACCUGGCUUCUCAGACUCCUUGGUUUACUCCCACCGAGGCGAGUUCUGCUAGUUCUGCUAAGGUUGAAGAGCGCCUGGGCCUUGUUGCCGACAUGUUCAUCAAACACACCGCCGGAAACAUCAUCACAUCACGCGAGCUGCUGCUCAACCUCUGGGACGACGAAUACGGAAGCCGAGACUUCGACAUUCACCCCACCAUCCCCCUCGGCGUCCUCUUUGACACCAGCCCGAUCAAUGGUGGCCUUGGCGCCUCUGGUUAUCUGUCUCAGACGUGGGAACAGCUGCAAGAGUUCACAAAAGUACGAAUGACGGCUGCCGGUCUGACUCCGCCACGCCGCGUGUCGUUGUUCCACCUCACGACUCGAGUGAACGAGCUGUACUUCCAUGACCAGGGUAUCGUUCAGUUGGAGGAGGUCGACUCGGUCGAAGCGCAGGAGAUCAAAGAGUACGCCUCCGACAAGCUCCCUGAUGGCAUCCCACGGUUGCCGCCAUGGUUCACGCCGAGUUCGGCGUUAUGGUACCUCAACGCUCCUGGCUUGGACAGCUCUUUAAGGAGCUGGUACGACAACGAGGACGUUCACUCUCGCGUCUUCAACGAUCGCCGCUACCAGUGGCACUACUGCGACCCCGCCAUCAUCCUCGACAGGCGUCGAGAGUUAUACGGCGUUGUCGCGGGUACCCCAAGGGCCGCUGCUCUCGUUAAAACGGGCGACAUCACCGGCUGCUGCCAAUAUGGCUGCCCACUGUCAUCUACCGCCAUCGUGGGUACUGGUCUCACCACGGGCCAAUGGAGUAUCGACUUCCUCGACGUCGACAGUCACACGUCCGUCUCUUGUCCCCGCCACUCCCCGAUCAGCGAGUUUCUGACCGCUGCUGACGGCUUGUCACUCACCAAGAGCAUGGCCCGCGCCCUCAUCAAGACAGCAGGGCGCGUUCUGUUCAAUGCCAUUCGUGGUGGCUUCUGUCAGGUGGAGGACAGCUUCAGCCAGGGCGUCUUCGGCGUGACCAACUUCGAAGACCCCACGGGACAACAUCUCGCCAUCUGCGUCAAUUGCCACAGCUUGGGUGUUCCCCAAUUGACCAAGACCCAGCAGCUCCCCUCAAGAUGGUGA